UAAAAUGACCCAUUUGACAUCUUUAUAUAAAAUUAUAAAUAGCUCUCCACAGCAUCACUAGACCGACAACGCAAAAAAUCUGGUGCCUGCUGUGGAAAUUUUUUAUAAUCUCAAAGAAAGAAAGAAAGAAGAAUGGCUGACAUUGCAAUGCUGGUUGCAGAAGAGUAUGAAAGAAGAGUUAAAAGAAUCAAGAUGGAGACGAAGAUGGCUUCUUCUUCUUCUCCUUCUUCUUCUUAUGAGGUGAAGAUGAAGAUGGGUUCUGGUUCUUCUUUUUCUUCCUAUGUUUCAGAUUUGGCUCGCAAAAUCAAGAGCAAGGUCAUGAAUGGUGAAGAGAUCAAGAUGGAGCCCAAAAGCCAGUUCAGUCUUGCUGCUUCUAAUGGAGUUUUCUCUGCCUGAUCAUCAUGAUGAUCAUGAUCAAGAUGGUGAUGAAUAAGUUUUACUUUUUACUUUUUGGAUUUUGUUGUAGAGGAUCUUGGAAUCCUUUUGGGGGUUCCUUUGUUGUGUAAAUAUUUAUUUAUUUUUGUCCUU